AACAUGGCGUCUGUCUGCCGGACAAAAGGCGAAUCUGUCUGACGGCGGAUUGAAACCCAAUUAGAAGAAGGGGGAGACAUUUUGGGAAAACUGUAACAGUCCCCGAGUCUCUGCGCUCCGAGGCGGCAGAUAUAUGAUCAACCUAACAUCUGUGGAGGCUCUCGGACUGGAAUAAGGAUGUUCCAGCAGAGUGAGGAGCCUCGCUUCACCAUUGAACAGAUCGAUCUCCUCCAGAGGCUUCGACGGACCGGUAUUUCUCAGGUGGAGGUUCUUCACGCCCUGGACACUCUCGAUCAUCUGGACCGACAAAAUGGCCACAAGCAGACCCGUAAAGCUUCCUACCUGCCACCCUCGUCUUCCUUGUCUUCCUCCAACUCCGUCUGCGCCUCGUCCUCCACGACUUCCACCUCCACUCAGACAGUUUUUCCAGACAACCGAGUCUCACUGUCACCCGGCAACAACUUGGACAUCACCUCCCCGCCUCUGCCGGUCCCUUUAGCCUCGCCGGUUGUUGUCCAGAACGGGCUCACCGCUGUCGCCAACGGGAAGCUUUCUCCGCCUCGGUUUCCUCUGGCUGUGGUUGGUGGCAGUGUGAUGGCACCAGCUUUUGGGUUUGAGGCCAGCGAAGAAGACUUGGAUCUGGAUGAUAAAGUGGAGUUCUUAAUGAGGAGGGACAGCAGCGUGAUCAAAGAGGAGAUCAAGUCCUUCCUGGCGAACAGACGGAUCUCCCAGGCUGUGGUCGCUCAGGUAACAGGGAUCAGUCAGAGUCGGAUCUCCCACUGGCUCCUGCAGCAGGGAUCGGACCUCAGUGAGCAGAAGAAACGGGCCUUUUUUCGCUGGUACCAGCUGGAGAAAACAAACCCUGGCGCCACCAUGGCCAUGCGAGCUGCCCCAUUGGCUCUGGAGGAUGUGAUGGACUGGCACCAAACCCCGCCCCCAUUUGCCUCCGCCCCCGGGGGCUUCCGUCUGAGACGAGGCAGCAGGUUCACCUGGAGGAAGGAGUGUCUGGCUGUGAUGGAGAGCUUCUUCACUGAUAAUCAGUAUCCUGAUGAAGCGAAGAGGGAGGAGAUAGCCACCGCCUGCAAUGCUGUCAUUCAGAAACCAGGAAAGAAGUUGUCUGAUUUGGAGAGAGUAACGUCUCUGAAGGUCUACAACUGGUUCGCCAACCGCCGUAAAGACAUCAAGAGGCGUGCCAACAUAGAAGCAGCCAUCUUGGAAAGCCAUGGCAUCGAGGUUGAGAGUCCAGGAGGUCAGUCCAACGGUGAUGAAGUGGAUGGCAAUGAUUUUCCUGACCAGGGCUGUGAUGUGUCCCUAUUUGACAAGAGAUCAUCAGCCAGGCAGUUUGCUUUUAGUCGAGCUGACCUGUCCUCUCCAACCCAGGUUCCGCCGCAGCUCCCCAGCUGGUUUUCUGCCCUGGCUAGGGGAGGCACAUCCGGACAGAGGAGCGCUUCACAGAUUGGCCGCUCCCUCAUGUCAGGGUCAGGCUCUCAGGCAGAAGGAUCCAGACUGACGGGUGUGUCCUGGUCCCCCUCGUCCCCAACCCUCCAGGAUGAAUCCGGCCUCCAUAGCGUGUUGUCCGAACCCCAGGACCUGGUGACUUCGGGGAAGACGGCAGCCAGUCGCAGCAGCCCAGCCUCAGCCAAUCAGGCGGAUGGAGCAGGAUGCAGCGUGGGGAAUCAGAUCAAGAUAGAGGAUGACUGACGGGACCAGCGGAUGCUGGAGCAGGUGUCAUUAUAUGCAAGCAGAUUUUAUAGGAAUGUUAUAAGUGAACAAAAAGACCAAACGUUGUGUAAACUCCAACCCUGAGAUACCUCCCAACCCUACCUCCAACCACCAACCUACUCUGCUACACUCGUAUAGCUGUUAAUAGUGUAAUAUGAUGAUAAUGACAAACCUUUAUACGUGAGUUGUCUCUGGUAAUCUGUGGAAGAUUCAAAUAUUGUAUUUUAAUACAAUGCCUAGAAAGAAAGUUCACUACUUCAACCUUCAGUUCUGACACUCCCAGGGAAACAGCUGGAAUAGUCACAGACGAUUUCCUUGCUGAUUUCUUUUAUAUCGAGAUGGUUUGAAUCUUCCACGGAUGGCUGUCAAACAGGACAUGAAGCUUUGUGCAGGUUUCCAUAGAGACUGUAUCGCUUACAGCAGGGCUACGCUGUAUUUGGCUUGGGAAUCAAAUGCUUUCAGGGUCUUGCACUGUGAUCUCAACUGAACAGCCUCAGUAUAUAGGAUUAUGAAAAAUGAGCUUCAUGUUUUAAAUUUUUCUUUUGCUGAAUCUUUUAAGGCGUCAUCGUCUCAUUUCACGGCAGAUUUCUGGCAGAUGAAUCUGUGAAGGCGAAGAAUACGCUGGAGGUCACAACAUUUCUUUGAGCUGAAGAUGAAUAUAAAAAAUUAUCUUCAAAGAGGCAGAACCAGAAUAAUCGCCCCACAGAAUAAGCUUAAUAUAUAAUAGCUAAAAUACCUGUAAAAUAUAGGUAUGAAAUUGAUAGAACAUCAUAGUUUCUAUAACUUGGCAAUAUAUUCUUACCCCUUGAACCUUUUUACAUUUUGUCACAUUACAACCACUGACUUUAAUGUAUUUUAUUGGUGGUUUUCAGUGAUAGACUAAAAUAAAAUCCAGGGCCUUCUGAAGACACCUAGUUGGUAAAUAAAGAUGACUGUGGUGUGAAUCCAUGGUGUUCGCUGAAGGCCUUAGAGGUUUCUUAGAGAAGAUUAGUGAACAAACAGCAUCAUGAAGACCAAGGAACACAGCAGACAGACUGUGAAGAUGUUUAAAGCACAGUUAGUCUUGACAGGUCGUUCAUCAUCAGAAACUAGAGGUGUAGCAAGAAGAAAGCCAUUGUUGGAGGAAAGACGUCUUGCCCGUCACAGUCCAUGUAGAGAAGAUAUGGCAAACCUCUGGAAGAAGGUGAUCCGGCCAGAUCAGACCAAAUUUGAACUUUCUGGUCUUCAUGCAAAAUGCUGUGUGGUGGAGAACUAACACUGCACUCUGAACGCACCAUCUCUAAUGUAAAAGACUGAAACAUGGUAGUGGCGGUAUCAUCCUCUGGGGAUCCAGCGGGGCCAGGGAAGUUGAUCAGAGCUGGCCAGAACACUCCUCAUUCUCGGUCUAUCCCAUAAAAUGCCGAUUAAAUACGCUGAGGUUUGUGGCUUUAACCAACAAAAUGUAGAUGUUCAAGGGAUGUGAAUACUUUUGCAAGGCACUGCAUAAAAUGUAGCCGGUGCUAAAUACUGGCUGUCAAAGUCUUCAACAUUUCUUAACUGACUGCACUGAAACAUUUGACUUUAUGUUCUAUGUUCAGAUUCAGUGCUUAGGGAUUUUAAUUUUCUUCAUUCUGAGAGACUCUAAGGUUAUUUUUAAUGCACUGCUUCAACAUGCCCACCAGAAUUUAAACUGCAUAAAAUCAGCUGCUUGGUAAGCAAAGCGGAUUAUUUGAACACUAUAAAUUUACUGGUAUUUAUGACAUUGAUAGAAAACCUAACUAUUCACUUCUUAGAUUUUAUUGAGAUUCAAUGGAAGCCAAAACUACACGUUUGUAUAUAAUAUAGCCAUGAUUUCAGUUUGAUUGGUUAUUAUUUAUUCAUUUGUAUCCAGAAGUGAUUGAUCACUGUGAGAUCUGCCUUUUAAAAGAAAUGAGUCGGUCAGGAUGGAUUCAGCCAGUUUAGAAACUAUAAAUGAAAGUGUGCUGAAGACAUACAGUCAUGGUAAAAAGACAAAAGCAUGCUCUCCUUCAGUCUGAAGGUUUCACAACCUCUACUUUUUACCACGUCUGUACAUAUACUAUGUAAGUGUGCACACACCCAUAUGGUAAACUAUAUGUAACAUUAUAUAAACAUAUAAGCAUCUAUUGAGAGGAACUAUCAGCCUGAGUGAAUAUUGUUGUUGAAAGGUGAGUGGAACAUUAGCCAAAGUAUUGAGUUUUAUUAUUUGUGUAUUUUUUUAAGUGUGUUAUAGUCACGGAUGGCUCUAAAAAACCUGAGAUAUAUAUGCUCAUCAACGUCACAUCAGAUGUGCCAAAUAAUCACAGGGGAAUUACGUCAUCUUUCUUUUUUUUUUGUUUUAGGUAUAUCUGUGCUUCCUCUGGAUAUGCCAUGUGUUUUAAACACAUACUGCCACACGUUAGUUGUAUUUUUUGGUAUCAGUGAUACUUUAUUGAAUACCAUGGAGCUUAGAGUCCCGGCUGUUCGUAACUUCUAAUUAUCACGUUGAGUAACUGAUAGACCAGAGCAGGAGCAGCAGCAGCAGGAGGGGAAAACACUAGUUGGGAAAACUCUCUUUCACAGAUAAUAAAUAGUAUCAAACCAACUUCACUGACAAGCUUUCUUCAGUUCUUAGGAACACAAAGAUUUAAAAUAAAUUAUAAAUGCAAAAUAAUAUCUGAAUGUACAACCAUUGUAGAAAUUGAUCAUGUUUUUUUAGAUUUUUAUCAAACAUCUAGUCCAUUUGUUCUGAAUAUACAGACUACUUUGCAGUUUAAAACCCAAAUCAUUUAAAACAUUUAAAUUCUCCUGCAUGUUAUUUUAUGACCACUAGAGGGCAGUUAUAUUGCAGUUUUCAUGGGUGAUGCCCAAUGGGGGCCAGGAGAAUUCCACUAUGGUUUCAUGGUAUAAAGGUGUCUGAAAAUAAUAUCGUUAAUAAUAAUAAUAAUACAACUCAUCAACACAGUAACUGUUUCUCUCUGAAAUGUUCAUAAAACAUUUUAGAGAUCUAAGACUGUGGCCAGAGGAAGAGGUGGCCUCUGCUCUUUGGUUACUGCCCUGGUUAGCUGUUAAUGUUUCAGCAAGUUGUUAAUGGUGAUCAAGCUUGCAAACUGAUACUUUGUAUAAAUCCAUCAGACACUAAGACAAUAACAUUACUGACUCAGAGUCAUGGCUCAGCCCAGAUCUUGUAGGAUUUCCACUCAUAAAGGGACGUUUUCAGACGUCAGUCUUCUUGCCAGUGAGAAAGGAAACUUCAAGCUCCAAUACAACAAAAACAAAAGGCCGUCAGCGAUUGUGGUGACUGUAGAUUACCAUUUUAUAAUUAUUUCGAAAAAGCCCUAAAUAUUGCUAUAGCACACAGACUAGGCUCACUUACAUCGUUUUUUUGGAGCACUUUGGUGGUUAGUAAAUAACUUGGUGCUGUACCGCCCCCUUGUGGUAGCAAAAUUGGUGAGGAAAAAAAGGGGAGAAAUGUGUACCACUGUUUCAUUAUAUUAAGUUUAUUGCAUAUUUCUUUCUGCCAGCAUUAAGUGAGAACUUAUAUCAAGCUUUCCAGUCUAACCCUUUUAGCUCGCUGUGCUACAGCUGUGUGAUCCAAGCAGUGCUGGUACAUUCACGCAGAGAGACGUCAGAGCCUUGGCUUUCACUCUCUGCUACAUGUUUGGCAGGAUUUAUUCAGUGUAGUUUCCUUUUAAACUGAGAGCUUUACCUUGCUGUGAAUCUGUUUCUCAGAAACCUGAGAUGAGCCAAAAGAGGCUCCAGACAUGAGCACUUUACGGACUACAUAUAAUAACCUGAGGAAGCUCACCGUCAGUGUUAUGCAUUGACAUUUGUUCUAAAGGCACUAGGUGUGGCUCUGACAUGAGGUUCGUAGGGAAACCACCAGCACUGUAAGUAUCCAUGUAUGCAUGCAGCAGGACCGUUGGUUGUGAACACCUCUGAGUUCUUACCUUGGUCAUCUAGGUGGAUUUUAAAGCACUGCACAGUGAAACAAACCCUAAAACCUUCCUACAGUGCUGUGUAUGAACAUGCUCAUGGUUUUGUUACUAAUCACAAAUACCUAAAGUGAAUGGAAGUCACUACUUAAGCAUUAAAUGAUGGUCUAAGAGUGAGCUACUGCUGUAGGUAGAUUAAGUAUUACUCCUAGUUCUGCUCUGUGUGCCAUGCUGUUCAGCAGCAAACAGCCUUGUUCUUCCAGAAGGGGCAUGCUAGUAAAAACAUACAUUCACUACUAUCACCAAUCAUCAUUUGAAAGGGAAAACAUUUCAGAAAUGUUCAUCUAGGACAAUUGUAGAACAAGUUUCAUUUAGCAUACAACUUUCUCAGAAUGGAAACCAAAAAUGUUUCAGAUAAUUCAACCGUAACCUCAUGCAAAGUAAAGUUUGCACAGAAUUAAGUCGAUUCUCCCAGUGAAAACAAAUCCAAAUAAAUAGGCUAUAAAAUGUUUUACUGUUACCCUCCUGGUUUGACACUGUUUGAUCUCUAGGUGGCGCUUGUGUCUUUAACUUCCUGCAUGUCAGUAUUACCAGCCAUUCUCGCAUUAGUUUGGUGUGGUCGGCUUCAACAGCUUAAUCUACUCCCGUUCUGCCAUGGCUCUUAGCAAGAAUCAAUAAAGACACAUGGUCGCCCUCUGCUGGAUGCGAGUGGGGAUUGCGUGUGACUAACGUGUUCUACAUCUGACUGCAUUUGCCAAUGAGUGUCUUCUGUAAUGUUACGGUUCGUCACUAAUAGAUUUAAUAUUUCGCCCCUAACAGGCAAAGUAAGAGUGAAGAGAAAACCCAGCAGGCUGUGUGCUCAUCAUUUGGCAGUCAGCUAAAAAGGCAUGAAAGUCAGAAUACUAAUUUUUGGUUAGAUAUCUACUUGGUUCCUAUUUUUAUUUUUAUGGGGGCUCCAAAUUGUUCCUGACCUUUAAAAAGUUGAAUAUCAGCUACCGUGGGGAUAAUCAUCGUCCUCUGUGUACCAAGGGAUGGUUUAAUACGCUGUCCUAAGGAGCAGCAGAACCGUUGUGUUUUACCUGAAAAUGAUAGAGGACAAUUGAUGUAAAAGGCUAACAGAGAGCAAAAUGCUAAGUGAUGCAAUGAAUUAUGCUUCAUAACACCUUACAUAAUUCAGUAAGAAGUUAUAAAAAUAUACCCCUAGUUGAUAACUGGAAUGUUAACUUAAGAGUCGUGAAUAAUAAGCCAUGACCUGGAACAACUUCAUCAACUGGGAGCUAGGGCGCAGCGUUGGUGGUGUAGGGAUUUAGCACGCGACCACAUAUAGAGGCUAUAGUCCUCAAAGCGGCCGUCCCGGGUUCGAGUACCUGACCUGGCGACCUUUGCCGAAUGUCUCCCCCUCUCUUUGCCCCUCCUUCCUGUCUGCCUUCUAUCAAAAAUAAAGGCCUCUAGUGCCAAAACAAUUCUAGAAAUAACAAAAACUGGGAGCUAAACCAGUUUGCGUGGGAGAAAAAAAUGCUUCUUUCUGUUUAGUGGGGCUGAAACAAUCGAUUAUUGAAAUAAUUGUCAGCUAAUUUAGUAAUGGAAUAAUUGUAGCAAUCGUAAUAACUGGAGUAUACAGACACUCAGAGCAGUAAUUAAACCAGAAUUGUACAAAAAUAUAUACAUUUGCAUUUAAGAUGAAAAAGCUUUGUUUGUAAAUAUGCUCUAUCCAGAACUCCUCAAGUGGCAUCGUUUAGCUUCACCUGAUUCAAAUCCUGUAAAAAAUGUUCCUAUUAAGCACCUUUUGCUAUCUGGUUAUUAAUCGAUUAAUCUUUCGACUAUUUUUCCGAUUAGCAAAAAAAUUGUCAGUUGCAGCCCUCCUGCUUAGAGAUACAACGAUUAAUCAGGCAGAGAUCGGAACCUGCCAAUUUUUCCUCCAUUGGCUUUGAAUGCACUUUUUGUGUUUAGCAAAAAUCAGAUAAAGGUUAUAGGCCGUGUCUUUAAAUAAAUAAUGAAUGCUCUUAUAAUUUCUUCAUUUUAUGUUCAAUCGAAAUGGCAACCUCUAUCAAAGAACCUUCAGUACAUUUUUGUCUUAUGAGUUGUAGCCUUUUGACAAAAAUAAAAUCAGAAUCAGUUCAAGUUGAAAUCGGCAGGUCAGACCGAAAUAAAAACUGGAAAUUAGUGCAUUUCUAGUUUUGAACAAGUCUUAAUUUUCUAUUGCAAUUAUCAGGUGUUCUAAGUUUCAGAUUGAUGAGGACCUCUAUAAUGGCUGUAUAUUCAUAAAAGGUCAUUAUUUUUCAGCAGGUGCUGCACAGGCUAGCUUCUUAGCUUAGAGUUAAAACUAGACAAAGAUGCCUCAGCUGCUCCCCUUCAGCUAUAAGCUACACCCCCACCCCCCCGCCCCGUUCCUCCGCUGCUGCUUCCAGGUUUUAGGCUCUCAAAGGAAAAAAACGGAUCAGAGAACAGCCUCACUGUCAACACACUGUGAUGAAGUUCUUCAAAAAAAGAUAAAUGAUGUGAGGGAAACUGCUUCUUAAACUAGAUUCAGUGAAUAUAAAAGCUAGACAUAAAGGGUAGUUCCACUCCAGAAAGGCUCAAUAAGUUCAUGUGUUCACCAUAAAAUGUUCAGAUCCUUCCUAAUUUGGGGAAUUCAAGCCGAAUCUUCAGUGUUUUUGUGAUGGAAUGUUUCCAUUUUUGUGGCAGCAGAGCUGUCUGUGUCUUUGCUUUAAGCUUCAGUGGCAUUAUCAGUUAUGUAGCUCUGUCAUCUUUUUAAAUUAUUUACACCAAAAACUUUAAAUCUGCCUAGCAGAAACCUUUGUGAAAGGGAGCUAUACGUUAGUUUAGAGAAUCUACUGUGAUGAGAUUAUUUCAGAGAUUAAAUUAUUUCAUCUGCUGCCUUCGUGGUAGAUUUACUGGGUCUGGUGUUGCCAUUUUGAAAUUAUUUAAAACGAACAUUGCAGAGGAAGAGGAGAGGACUGUGCGAAAGGGAUCUAAAGAAAUGUAUUUUAAAAUCAGAUCUUUCCUUUUUUUUUUUUUUUUCUUGCUCAUUAUGUUAAAAACAAGUGGGCCACAGGAAUAUGAAAUCAUGUUGUCAGGAGUCAUUCAUUCAGGACACAUGAGGACAAAUCACUGAUUUAUUUGCCAGUAUUUGAAAUAAGCUAAACCUUCCCCUCUCCUCCAGUUUCACACCGGCAGCCUUGAUCUCUUCUGUUGUUCUUGUCCUCUUAAUUUAGGUUCUGUUUGUGUCCUGAUUACCUCUUUUUGUGUCAGAACAUGUGAUGUUGUCACUCGCAGAUAUUGUGAAAAAAAAAAAACCAGUACCACAGAAGUUUUGCUCUUCCAGGUCUGUCUGAUUUGUAUCUGUGUCGAGUCUCAUUUGUCUGAAUGCAGUUUAACGCCUGCCUUCAAUCAUGUGUAUUUCUGAUUAUUGCUUAGAUGAAACUGUUUUGUAUAUCUUUCAUGCAGUUGCCAUUUACUGUAUACUCUCCAGCCUUAAUAUUCUCAUCAGCCAGGGACUGGAAACGCUACUUUAAAACCAACACCUUUUCUAGCAGUCUAAGAAUUAUGGUUGGUCCAUCAUUCUGGCAAUAAACUCUUCAAUAAAUCUCUGUAAAACAAACCUCAACUGGAUGGAUGUUGGAUCAGUUCUUGUUUUUUAAAUCCCCUCCUUCAUUUCUGUUUCAAGAUUUAGUGCCUUUUUUGGACAAGUAGACUGUUGUGUAAUUGCUAUGUAGAUUUUCUACAUAUGCCUUUUGUUACUUUUUCAUCUGUUCGAUAAACCUUGAUUUGUUAUUUUUAAGGUGUGUUUUUAUCAAUAUUCUAUUUACAAGGGAAUAAAAGCUGAUCAGACUCUA